AUGAGCAACCUGACAGUGAGCACAAACAAGGGAAACUAUGGCAAAGCUUACAUAGUUAAGCUGUGGCAUGUCAAUUUAAUUAAAACGUGCCAGAGUGAAGAGAGGAUGCCAUUCAGAGUUAUAAGAAAGCAAAGCCAUGAAAGUGUAAUUGACACGAUUACUUUGUUACAAUCCGAUACAAAUACGAGUAAAACACAAAUAAUAAUUAUGGGAGCAAGCCAGGAGUUACCUGUGAAGGUGAAAUUACUGCUGAUUAUAAUAGUGCGAGUGGCUCUUGACACAAAUGCGAAAACCGUAAGCACAGUUCAGCGUCCACGAGCUCAAACUGUGAAACAGGAUGAAAGCUGGUCAACGGUGAGAUUGUGA